GAGAUUUCUUUCCGCCGUGAUACGUCUCGAUGUAUUUUUGAACAGUGCAACGGUUGGGUGUUUCACCACCAUUAACUUCUCUCAGCUUAUAGAGUGUAGGCUACAACCAUAUGGGUUUGACUGGUUGAACCCACUUAUGAUUUUAGUUCAAAAUUCUCCAAAACUGAAAGUACUUCUUAUUGACCUG